AUGAAUACCUACUACAACCUCUUCGUUUUAUUCUUGGUCCAAAUUGCGCUAAAGUAUAGCAAGGCAGCUGUCACCGUAGACACAUUAUGCAAAAAUGGACAGCUCGCUCAAAUGAGUAACCACUUUAAGUGUAUAUGUAACGAAGGUUUCGUGCACCUUUCCGAAGAUACAUGUGAAGAAAAAAAUGAUUGUAAGGAAGAAACCCUAGGCAAAGCAUGUUGGGAAUUUGGCAAGUGUAUUAAAGGCACAGGCCCAGGACAGGAAAGCAUGUAUACAUGUGCUUGUAUUGAGGGCUACGCUUUGAAUGAAGGAGUUUGUGUUCUUAAUGUAUGUCAAUAUAAGAAUUGUGGAGAAGGUGGUGAAUGCAUUGGUGAAUACCUCACGGAAGUCCAAAGUGCAGGAUGCUCAUGCACUAUUGGCAAAGUCCCCAAUCCAGAGGAUGAAAAAAGAUGUACCAAAACGGGAGAAACUGAUUGUCAAUUAAAAUGUAAUACAGAAAAUGAAGUUUGCCAAAAUGUUGAAGGAGUUUACAAGUGUCAGUGUAUGGAAGGCUUUACGUUCGACAACGAGACAAAUGUGUGCCGUUCCUAUUCUGUAUUUAACAUCCUAAACCUCUCCCUCUUUUUCGUCAUCCUGCUAGUCCUUUCGUACGUCAUAUAA